AUGCGCGCAUCAACCCUUCUCUCUUUUUGCGUGGCGGGUCUGGCUGGCGUCACGGCAACCGCGCCCGUGUGCAUUCUCGGUGCGGGUCCAUCGGGCCUCGCGUCGGCCCUUCGUCUCGCCGAGAAGGGCAUUACGGACGUUGUGAUUUUUGACAAGAAGGACGGUCCUGGCGGCAAGGCCGAGAACUGGGUUUCGCCCGAAGGCUACAUCCACCAGGUUGGCGCCAUCUUUGGCGACACCACCAUGUACCCGCUGGUGAUUGAACUCACCGACAAGUUCAACGUUUCCCGGCCAAGCAACCCGAUGCGCAAGAACUACGUGUACUACGCGCCGACAGGAACCAUCCUCGACUCCACGGUGUUUCCCACGAACGCGACGGCGAUUGCCGGGGCCAUUCAGCGCUACGUCGGCGUCUACGCCAAGUACGCCCCAUACCUCGCUCCGGGCUUCAAGAAGGGCGUGCCGCCAGCCAUCGCGGUGCCCAUGAGCGAGUUCCUACCAGCGCACGGCCUUGACGCGCUCGUCCCGCUCUUCCACUUGUACAUCACGACGUUCGGAUACGGGUCGCUCGAAGACAUUCCGGCGCUGUACGCGAUGAUGUACUACAAGCCCGGCGGCUUUAUCCAGUUUUUGACCAAGCAGUCGUCGCUCUUCACGGUCAACUACAACCUCCUCUUCACCAAGAUUGCAGCCUCGCUCCACUGCGCCAAAUUCAACUACAACGCGACCAUUAUCAGCACGAACCGCCGAGCUACCGGCGCGAGCAUCACGUACAAUGUCAACGGCAAAGGGCGGCAGACGCAAGUCUGCGCCUCGAUCAUCAACACGAUCCCGCACCGCCUCGACUUGCUUCGGCCGCUAAGUCUUGACGCCAAGGAAGUCGACGUUUUCAAGCACGUGCACUCGGUGCAGUACUUUUCUUCGGUUUGGACGCUCGACCAAGUCGAGCCGCGCAACUGGUACGCCGCGCAGCUCAAGCCAACUGGGAACGCGAGCGCCCCGUUCACGGUCGGCGGCUCCCUCGACAACGGUGCGCCCGUCAUCUUUGGCACGCAGCUUUCAGACGACAAGUAUUUCAACGUCUACUCGUACAAGCGGGGUCACGACCCGAUCUCGCUCGAGAACGUGACUGCAAUGGCCCAAGACGCGCUCUCCAAGCUCAACAAGAACGUCUCGCUGCCCAACGCCGUGGCGAAACCUGUCCAGAUGACGGACCUCAAGUUUGCGAAAGCGUGGACGUACUUUGCGCACGUCAACUCGUCGGCCAUCGCCAACGGCUGGUUCCAAUCGCUCGAGAAGCUCCAAGGUCACAGAUCGACAUACCACACGGGCUCGAUGCGUUGCAUGGAGACGGUCGAGUGCUCGAUCGCGUCGGCCAACGACCUCGUCGACACGUACUUUACCACGGCGCAUUAA